UGUCACUAUCUCAAACCAAAACAAACCACUAAAAGUUUAUCCUUAUAUUUUCAUAAAUAAUUCUAAGAUACCCACAAGAAAUGUGGUUUUCUAAAUUAAUUAAAAAAUUUUCAAUUAAACCCAUUAAGUAACAAGAUACCGACAACUGAAUCAACUUAAAAUGGCACAACUUUUCACUCAGGAAAUCUUCGAACUGAAACCCCUAAUAAAAUCAAUAGAUAUAAAACUGUGUGCACAGAAUAGAAAUGGAGUUAAACAGAUUUUAGCCUUAAUUACUGAGGAAAACGACAUUGUGAUAUAUUAUUGCUAUGGGGAACUACCAGCAAUAAUUAAAAGAAUACCAUGGAUAACAGACAGUGGCAAAAGUAUCCAAGCUGCUUGCUUCGAUCCAACUGCAACAUGGCUUUUAGUAGUUUGUCUUGACAGUUCACUAUAUAUUGUCCCUGCCCUUUACAUAGUGGACAAGAAACAGAAAAUCGAUUGUAAAUGGUCACUAACAGAUAUAACAGCAUUUCCCAAAUGUUCUCAAAUACCAAAUCUAUUGCCUACAUGUUGUGUCUGGUGGCAAACGUUGGAAUGCAAUCAGAACGCCCUGAUUGGGUUUCAAACUGGUAAAAUUUUGCUUGUUAGCUUAACAGACGGCAGGGUUUUGGGGGAGUGUAAUAUACCAGAAGCUAUAAGGGGAUUAAAUGUUUGUAUCGAUAAUGUGAAAGAAAGUGUGUCUUUAUUGAUUAAUAGUGAUUCAGAGCGGCAAUGGCGCCUAAUUUUAGAACAACAUAGCAGCGGAUACACUUGGCCUUCAGAGAGCUCUAACUCACAUACAGAAGAUACUGUAAAAUCCAGAUUUUUUUCUUUAAAGCAAAUUGGUGUUGAUAAAUUAGCAUCCCUUAAACAACGUCUAGGCUCUCGCAAAGACAGCCAGAGCGACUCUGCAAGUGAAACAACUCACGCCGAACUAAUAUUAUCCGCAUCCAGCUUGUCUGAUAAUUCAGAAACAUAUUUACCAUGCCCGUCAAAUGUGGAUUUGGAUUUUAAUAUCUCUUAUAAUAAUCAUAAUAAUAUAAAUAGUGCAGAGCCUGAGUUAAUGUCACAGUUUGUCAAUACGUUUUUUACCCCACAGUCGUGUAGGAAUAGACACUUUUUUUCUGCUCUGUAUAGGCCUACUGGACUCUUAACAGUUCAUGCUGCUGACUUUGAAACAGCUCCUAUAUUUGUAUAUAGGAUACUGCCUAGAACACACUCAUUAGUCUUAACAGAUAAUCUUAUAAUUACGUUAAAUCGUGACAUAAAUGUUAUUUCGAUUAUCAGCUGUCAACUGGCAGAGUGUAUUUUAGAAGGGGAGACUGAGUUUAAUGAUGAUUCUUUAGUAGCUCAAUUUAUGAUCGACAAUGAGGAAAUUGUCGAUUUUUUCAAAGUGAUAGAUAUGUCCCCGGAUAUAACCACCACGAAAAAUAACAUUAAAAAUAAACUGUCGAAUACAAAAAAUAAGAAUGAAAUGUCGUUUUUGAGGCCUGCGAUCGACACGUGUAUUGUAGUGACCACAAAGACUGUUUAUAAAAUUUUUGUAAGACACCAACCAGUUCAAAAAUUCAUAGAAUACGUCACCGAAGAAAACAAUUUAGAAAAAGCGGAAAAACUGUCGUACAUUUUCAACUUAAAUCUGCAACAGCUGUUAGAAUAUUGCGGCGAUUUGAUGAUAUCUCGAGGAUCAUACCACUCUGGUAUAAUUCUCUAUAAACGAGCGAGGGUCCAUCUACUUAAACGAGUGCUAAAAUUAGCGGUUUCUGCCGAUUGUAAAACUCUUUUAAAGUUUGUGCAUUUGUGUCUUAGCGCAAGCAGAAUAGACAUGAAUAUUACAACGAGAAUCCAUAUUGGUAAUGUGGCAGUUAUGGCUUAUAUAGAGCUGCUUUUAAGAAGUCAUAGCAGUGAACAAGUUAAAUCGAACAAUACUAAGGAUUUUAUGAACUUCUUGGUACAUGAAUCUCAUUUCGACCCAAUACUGGCGGUAAAUAUGGCUUGCCAGGCCGGCCACUGGAACGUGGUCAAUCUCCUAUCAAAGUCCAGGGGUUUGCAGCCUGAAACUGUUGUUGCUUUUGGGAAGGUUUUGCAGAACGACUUGUACUUCAAGCCGACCAGUUUGGAUUUUUUAUAUGCUCUCUCUGAACCCACUUUAACUCAGAGUUUGCUGAUUUUGCCCCAUAGUUCACAGAUAAUUUUCCAAUAUAUUCGCGAGAAUGUCGACUCAUUUUCGAGCGAUAUAUUAAGACGGCUCAGUCUUCAGUUGGACCCUAGCCAGCCAUGUGCCAUUCCAUUUUUAAAAGCUAUAUACCAAAAUAACAAAGAUAAUUCUACCACGGAUACUAAUAUGGAAUCAUUUGAUUAUGAGGGUGCCGAUAGUUGUUCUAUUGUCAUGAAGGAUCUCAUCGAAACAUUCCUUUUUGUGAUAUUAAGUUUAACUGCAAGGUUUUCUAGUAUAAGUUUUGACUUAAGUUUAUUAGAUAUAGUGCUGCCCCAAAUAAUUCCAGACGAAAAUCACGUAAUAAAUCGACUGCCAGACUUAAAACUGUUAAGCUGUGGCUAUGAACAUGCGGCGGUGAUUAGGAAUAAUUGUGUUUUUACUAUGGGGGUGGCCACAUCGGGAUGUCUAGGUACUGGGCCGGUGCUAACCAACACAAGCGGUCCUAGACUAGUAAAUACUUUACAAAACCUAAAAGUUACACCAUUGUCAGUGAGUUGUGGCAAAAAGCACACCUUAUGUGCCACGGAUUGUGGUGUGUUUGCUUGGGGGUCUAAUAGCCACGGCCAGUUAGGUUUAGGACCCCAUCUACAAGAAACCCCGUAUCCUCAGCUGAUAACCACUAUUUCACAUUUGAAAAUUGUUGAUAUUUCCGCGGGUCAGUAUCAUAGUAUAGCCCUUACCCAUACCGGUAAGGUUUACACUUGGGGUUGGGGAAUUCACGGUCAGUUAGGCCACGGUUGUAGCGACAAUGAAUACUAUCCUAAAUUAGUAAAUUUUGAUCAACCCGUAAGGCAGGUGGCCGCCGGACAUGCCCACAGCCUAAUUUUAACAUGUGACGGCAAAGUAUACGGUUUCGGAUCGAACGUAUUUGCCCAAUUAGAGAACAAUACGAACGUCGAUAUUAAAAAGUGCACCAGGCCUACGUGGAUCAUUAUUUUACCGGAUAUCUAUGUGCCCGUGGAAAAAAUCACCAGUUCCUAUUUUCAUAAUAUGGCGGUGACAGCCGAUCAAAAGGUUUAUAUGUGGGGUGCCAGUCCCGAGGAAGUGCGAUGUUUCCAGCAGCGGUUGAACCAGAAACAAAAUAACGGUCAAGUUUCUAGCGAGUCAUGGAAAGCAAGUAUACAAAUGUAUCAGUCACAAUCCAGGAGACCUAUAAGGCAAAUUUCUGUUGGAUACCGCCAUUGUGCCAUACUAGACCAGGGUCGCAUUCUCUGGGGCAAGAAUAAAGAAGAAGAAUUAUGUCAUCCGAACUUACGAGAUCCUUAUGAGGGCAUUAUGGGACAUAGAUUUUCUCAUGUGGCCUGCGGUUUAGAUUAUACCAUGGCCAUCGAUCAGAAUGGGCAGGUUUUGGCUUGGGGGACACCCGCUAUGAUAGAGACGAUUUUAGGAGUUUCGAUGGACCUAAUCCGUAAAAAACAAGACGAACGUACGAUAAUUUUCAAAGGUACCCGUAGGUCCUUGAAAAGUCAGAAUGUACAUCCCAUAUCAAAUAACUUGCCGAUAGAAAUAUCAGUUUUGCCAUCGAUGGCGUUCACUUUUAAUCAGACCAACCACAAGAUCUUGCUAAAGAACAAAUACGUCCCAAACGAAGUGCUUUUAGUUGAAGAUAAUGACCCUCAAAAGUUCUAUCGUGAGGAAAAGUUGAGCAGAAGCAAGGAAUUUCAUCAUAUCUACAACGUACCGAACAUCAAAGUUGGUCAAAGAACUAUACAUUUUGCUUUACAGAGCUUUUUGGAGUUAUACGAUGUCGAAAAUAUUCUUAAAAAAAGCAGCGACCUUAACAACUAUCAAGUGGCUAGCAAAGUGUCUUUUUUGCACGGACACUUUGUGGAUAGCCUCGGGUUUUCAAUUCAGGCUUUCAAACGUCACAUUGGUAAACUCGGCAUAGACCUACCCUCGCUAUUUACUUGUAAAGAUUCGUAUGACGUCAAAGAAAAAGAUCAAGGAGUGGAUUUAAUCAUUAAAACAAUCGAAAAAGAAAAAUCUAGCAGUUGCAGUAGUCCCGCGAGGAUUUUAAGUUCCAGCUCGUCCCUAGAUAGUUUAAGGCAGUUUGGGGAAGAAGGCGGUCAAGAAAGUCCGUGCGAAUUCGAUAUGAGACAAAAUAUUACAAAUUUUGUUCAGUCUGUGAGAAAAGGGGAAGCGGUUCUUCCUAAAUUAAACGAAAACCAGAAGGACUUAGUUGUGGCAAAGAAUUGUUUGCAAAUAAAAAACAAACAGGCCAAGGAAGUGCUGGACCUUGCCUCUCAAACUGUCGAGUUCUAUAUUAAGAAAAUCUAUAUAUCUGAGAACCAUAUCUUGAUGCAAAACAUUCUAUUAAAAUGUAUAGAGUUUUGGCUCUCUCAUAAUUUGCCCGUUGCGGUUUUGGAAAAUAUCCUUUUAAAGAAUUUGGAUAAGUACUUUUAUCCCUUAUCUAUAUUAUUAUUUUGUAAAAAUUUCGGUGAUGAAGAAGUGAUCCUGGAAAAGGAGCAAGAUGUAGUGCAAUUAAGUUCGUCCGGAUUUUUAAAGGAGUUUUCUACCAAGUUUUGCUUGCAUUUAUGUUCUAUGGUCUUGGAAAACGCCAAUAAAUCUUAAAACAUU